AUGAAUCACGUCCCAAACGAGCGGUUAGACGUUUACGUGGUUGGUACCAACUGCUAUGGCGAACUUGGAUUAGGAGACCUGACCAAGAAAGCGGAAAUGAAACGCCCUGUUCUAAAUUCGAAGUUGGAUGCCGAAACAACUGGUAUUGUUCAUCUUGCUGUUGGGGGUGUACAUUCGGCUGCUCUUACUCAUGAAAACCAAAUUUUGACAUGGGGUGUCAAUGACGAGGGAGCUUUGGGGAGAGACACAAAAGAAAAAGAAGUCCCCAGUGACGAGGGGAAUGAGAGUGGUGAUGAAAUCACUCUUAAUCUCAGCGAGGCUACUCCAACUCCUGUGGACGCUUCUCAUUUUCCAGAAAAUACUAUCUUUUGUCAACUUGCAGCAUCUGAUAGUGCCACUUUUACCUUAACAACCGAUGGUAUGGUUUAUGGCUGGGGAACUUUCCGGGGAUCUAAUGGAGGGAUUGGUUUCUCUCCUAAGAGCAAGAAAGAGCAGCAUACACCUAUCCUGAUUCCCGUCCAAGAUGUCGUCAAUAUCGUUGCCGGUGCCCAGCAUGUCCUCGCACUGACGUCAAGCGGAACCGUUUUCAGCUGGGGCUGCAACGAGCAAAACCAACUUGGAAGGCGCCGAGCAAGUCGGCAUCGUAAGUCUCACGAUCUUUUGCCAGAAAUAGUGGCUCUUCCAUCCGGUAUACGAAGUAUCGGAGUGGGGCUGUAUCAUUCCUUCGCUAUCCACAAGAGCGGUACCGUUUAUGCUUGGGGCUCAAACAAUUUUGGCCAGACAGCUGUCACCAUAGGCACUGGUCUAAACGAUUCAAAUGUUGCAUAUCCAACAAAAGUUCCCAUUCUUAAGACACUUGGCGUGAUUGUCUCUAUCUUUGGUGGGAAAGAUCACAGUAUGGCUCUCACUGAGACUGGGAAAUGUCUUGUCUGGGGCCGCAUUGAGAAUAAGGCUCUUGGUGUCGAGCUCAAAGAUAUCCCUUCAUCUGAUAUUAUCGAAGAUAAGCAAUCCCGGCCACGAAUUCUCAAGAAGCCUCAUUUUCUUACCGGUAUUGGAGAUGAUAACAGCCCAAUAGACUUUGCGACUGCAGGUAGUGAUCACUCCUUUGUGUUUACAGAAUCAGGAGAGGCAUAUAGUUGGGGCUUCAAUUCUCAAAGUCAAGCUGGUCAGCUUGGUAUUGAGGAAAUUGAGAGACCAAUGCUUGUUCAAAGUAAGCAUCUGGAGGGCAAAAGGUUGGUCGCCGCCGCUGCUGGUGGUCAGUUCAGCAUUCUUCUUGGAGUACAUGAGGGUCUACCGAGAAAUAGGGGUCGUCGAAGGCAGAGACGCCUUGCACAAGUACACCUGGACAUGCCUUGA